UGGUGUUUCCCUUUCUCCUCAUUUCCUCUGAUCUGAAGUUUCCACCUGGAUAUUUUGCUUCAGUAUGCUGUGCUUUGUGAUGGCUGGCCAGGUGAUUUGGCAAUGCUGCUCACCAGAUACUAUUCUUGUGUUAAAAAAAUUGGCAUUAUUUAUAAAUUAUACAUCCGUUCAAUGAUGUGGAUGAAUGCGCCCUGGGGCUCGAUGACUGCCACCCAGAUGCUAUUUGUCAAAACACCCCAAAGCUGUACAAGUGCACGUGCAAAGUGGGUUACACUGGCGAAGGGAAGAAAUGUGAAGACAUUGAUGAAUGUGAUAAUGACUUCAAUGGAGGCUGCGUCCACGAGUGUUUCAACAUUCCAGGAAAUUACCGCUGCACUUGCUACGACGGCUUUAUGUUGGCUCAUGAUGGCCACAACUGCCUGGAUACAGAUGAAUGCAUGUUCAACAAUGGUGGUUGCCAGCAUGUUUGUGUCAACACUGUGGGGAGCUAUGAAUGUCGCUGUAAGGAAGGGUUCUUUCUAAGUGAUAACCAGCAUACGUGCAUCCACCGCUCAGAAGAAGGCAUGAGCUGCAUGAAUAAAGAUCAUGGCUGUGCCCACAUCUGCAGAGAAACGCCCAAAGGAGGAGUUGCCUGUGAAUGCCGACCAGGAUUUGAACUGUCCAAGAACCAGAGGAGCUGCAUUUUAACAUGUAAUCAUGGAAAUGGUGGCUGUCAACAUACAUGUGAUGAUGCUGAUAAUGGGCCUAUUUGUGGAUGUCACCCCAAGUACAUCAUGCAUGUGGAUGGGAAAACCUGCCUGGAGAGGGAAGAGGCUGCUGUUGAAAUUUCUGAGGGAAACACUACAGCAGGAGCUGAUGUGGACAAGAGGGUGAAGCGACGGUUGCUUAUGGAAACGUGUGCGGUUAAUAAUGGCGGCUGUGAUCGUACAUGUAAAGAUACGUCGACUGGAGUUCACUGCAGCUGUCCUGUUGGAUUCACACUCCAGUUUGAUGGGAAGACAUGUAAAGAUAUUGAUGAAUGCCAGUCCAAUAACGGAGGCUGUGAUCAUUUCUGUAAAAACACUGUUGGCAGUUUUGAUUGCAGCUGCAGAAAAGGAUUUAAAUUAUUAACAGAUGAGAAGUCUUGUCAAGACGUUGAUGAAUGCUCUUUUGAACGGACAUGCGACCACACGUGCAUCAAUCAUCCAGGCACCUUCGAGUGUACUUGUAACAAAGGAUAUGCUCUCUAUGGCUUCACACAUUGUGGAGAUAUUAAUGAAUGUAGCGUCAACAAUGGUGGUUGCCAACAACUGUGUGUGAACACACUGGGAGACUAUGAAUGCCUGUGUCACUCUAGCUACAAAUUACACUGGAAUAAAAAGGAUUGUGUUGAGACAAAGGGUCCCUUGCCUGAUAAUAUGUCACCCAAGGUAUUGCUGCACUGCAGUAAGAGUGGUGGGAGUGAUAGAUGCUUCUUAAGCUGCUCUCCAGAUGUCCAGGUAUUUUUUGGAACACAAGAUGCCUACACCCUCACCUGUGGCAGGUCAUCUCAGCUUAAGAAAAAGCAGCAAAAUACAAAUGCAUCCAGCUGGCUGGAUACUUCAGCCAUCAAGAUAAGCGUAACCUUUAAAUUAAAUGAAAGAAAAUGUAGUUUGAAAAAGACUGAGAUGUUUCAAGAAAGUCUGGAACAGAUGAUGCCAGAGAGACAUAAUUCAGUAAAGGAGAGCUUCCACUAUGUAAACCUAACAUGCAGCUCUGGCAAGAAAGUUCAUGGAGCCCUCAGUAGACUGACUGCGGCUAGAGAAAUUUUUAUCACUGCGGACUUUGAGCUUGAAACAAGCCGAAAGGAGGUGACAGACACAUGUGAUGUGCGCUGUGCUCGGAAAAAGACUGAAAAGAGGUUCCGUAAAACCAUUCGAACCUUACGGAAGACCGUCAGCAGGGACCAGUUCCGCGUUCGUGUCUCUGGCAUGGACCAUGAAGUGGCCAGAAAGUCUCUCAAGCUAUCAGAGCCACAGCAGGCUUGUGGUGUAGGACAGAUGUAUGUGGGUAACAGAUGUGAUCAGUGCUCGCCAGGUGAAUAUUCUCCUGACGGCUUCAAACCCUGUCUGCCAUGUCCCCUUGGAACAUACCAGCCUGAAGCUGGGAGAGUAUCCUGCUUUCCCUGCGGAGGAGGUCUAACCACGAGACAUAGCAGUGCAUCCUUGUUUCAGGACUGUGAGACCAAAGUUCAGUGUUCACCUGGCCAUUUUUAUAAUACCACAACUCAUCGGUGUAUUCGCUGCACAGUUGGGACAUACCAGCCUGAGUUUGGACAAAAUUACUGCAUUUCAUGCCCUGGAAACACCACUACUGAUUUUGAUGGGUCAACAAAUAUAACACAGUGCAAAAAUAGGCAGUGUGGAGGUGAACUGGGAGAUUACACUGGAUAUAUUGAAUCACCAAACUAUCCUGGGGACUAUCCUGCAAAUACUGAGUGCACUUGGAAUAUUAACCCACCGCCAAAGCGCCGUAUUCUCAUUGUGGUUCCAGAAAUAUUUCUACCAAUAGAAGAUGAGUGUGGAGACUACCUGGUGAUGCGAAAAAGCUCUUCUUCCAACUCAGUGACCACCUAUGAAACCUGUCAAACCUACGAACGCCCUAUAGCUUUCACUUCUAGGUCUAAGAAGUUGUGGAUCCAGUUCAAGACAAAUGAAGGGAACAGUGCCAAAGGAUUCCAAGUUCCUUAUGUAACGUAUGAUGAGGAUUACCAAGAACUAAUAGAAGACAUUGUUCGGGAUGGUAGACUUUAUGCAUCUGAAAAUCAUCAAGAAAUACUUAAGGACAAGAAACUGAUAAAAGCAUUGUUCGACGUGUUGGCGCAUCCACAGAACUACUUCAAGUACACAGCCCAAGAGUCAAGAGAGAUGUUCCCAAGGUCCUUCAUUCGGCUGCUGCGCUCUAAAGUUUCCAGAUUUUUGAGGCCUUACAAAUAGUUGGCACUAUACUUAAAAAACUAACCAGCCCUGGGCAUGCACAGAGGGGUUGUGGUAGGUGGGGCUGCUUUCUGUGUUUUACACACUGGCAGAGAAACUCCAGGGAAGCUCGCCAGCUCUGUUCUUGGCAGAGUUUGGCUUUCUCAGCUAAUAUAAAUAUUUUGGUGAACAGAAUUGUGAUUCCUUUCCAGAUAAUACCUUUUGGGUACCAAGGAUGCUUCAUAGGUCUCUGAAUUAGAGACUGCCCAUAAUUUCUGUAACUGAAUGGUGCCGAGCAGAAGUUUGUAGAGCUCUGCCCUGUUGCUUCAUCAGUAACUCUGAAAACUAAUGAGGACAGACAGGCUAAGUAGCGUGGUUUGGGAUGAACUCUGGGCUGCCAUUAAUGCAUGUUACCUCAACAAAGCUGGGUUCAUGUUUGGUCUCGCUGAAAAUGAGAACAAGAUUGAUGUCUCUCUUAACUUUUGCUAUGCAGGAGGUUCAGAGCUAAGAUUUAAAUAGUUUUAGUCCAAACCAGUGAGUCCAAGAAUUGCACAAGGUCUAAUUUUUCUCUGAACUGUAUGUUGUGUGAGGCAUAUGGAGGAAUAAGCAAAGGGUUGAAUAUUAGCUUGAAUGCUCUGGGUCUGGAUCACACUGUGUUCAUGCUGAUGACCUAUUGGUUUAAAUGGAGUGAUACCAGGGCACCACAGUAAUGGAAAACAGACUCUGACCCACUGGACACUUCUGUUUUGGGCUGGCUGCAAAUGUUACAACAGGACAGAUUCUUUGCUAAAUCCCAGUGUGCUCUCUGUGCAUAGGCCUGGGACAGCAUGAGGCAUUGGCUUCUCCAAGCAGUGUAAAAUUCUGUCCUCUGAGCACCUGCACUUGAACACACAAGUCCUGUUUUAAAUGCAGGCUUUGCAUAGAUUAUGCUCUUGUACAUCACUGUUUAAACCUGUAUAAGGUUCUUAUAUGAGCCUGAAUCCUUAUAUUCCUUAUCUUGUCUGAGCACCUUGCAGUGCCCUUGUUGAGCAGAGAAGGGCUGCUUUCCCUGUCUUGCUGGAGAGAAGUAGAUGUACAAAGAUAUUUCUCAACCAGACUGUGCCUGCAAAAGUCGUCUAUGGCAAAAUGCUGUUCAAGAUGCUGAAACUCUGUGUCCUUUUCCUCUGGUUGUGUUUCUUAUGUGAGAGGGGGCUAUUCUGAAAGGGCCUGUAGGGAGAACUACAUUGAUCAAGAUGUUGUCUCAGUGCUUUUCUGUCCACACUUACAUUACAUCACUGUCCUCUGGCCACGCAAACCGUUUCCUCAGCGUAAUGUACUUUCUGGGCCUUCUGUCUUGGAAGGGAGAUGGCCGCAGUCCCGCUCCUUUGGAGAUGGACUUAGGACCUCUAUCUUUCGGUCACUGGCAGUGCCGAGCGGUGCAGUGGGUGCCAAACUUCCUCUGUAUCCCCCCUUAGGAAAGGUACUGAAAUUUCGCAGUGUAGCCAGGACAGAUGCUCCCUUUCCUAGGGCGUGGAGUCAGAUCUCCCCGGGUUUCAUUGCACUGGUAUGUGGUAUUUACCUGUUGUAUGUGAAUAAUACCAUGUCCACAGUGUGACAGAGGAAACCCUCCUCAUCAAGAGCCAGGGUCUGAAUCUCUUCCCUACACUGUUAGGAGCAAAUAAACACUACCAAACGCAGCCUUGCUGAAGUGUCGUGCCACGGCAGCCCCGCUCUGCGGCAUGGGAGGCAGUGCAGCCUGUCGUGUGGUAAGGACGCGUCUUGGUCAUGGUGUGACGGAAGGGCUGGUGGCCUUCGGCCGCAGCUGGGGAGCAGAGCCUCUCAGGAUGGGGCGAUGUGACGCUGUGUUCCUCUCGCUACUGCCCUGAAAGAAUUGCCGCGGUCUGGGCAGAGGAGGGAAAUGGCUUGUGUUGCUGCCAAGAGGGAGAACUGUGUCCUAGCUGGCUGCACUGGGGCUCCUGCUCCAGCUCCAGAGCUGCUCCUGGGUUUCUGUGGCAGGGUGGUGAGCACCCAUUCCCGGAACGGGGCUGCCGGGCCUGCGGCAAAGGGGAGCACACAGGCAUGGGGGAGAGGGGGGGAGGCAGGGGGUGAAUUAGCAGAGCAGAGGGGCAGGAACCCAGGAGAUUGUGCAUUCCUGGCUGGUGUGCUUCAUCCCGAACAGGGUCCCUGCUGCCUUUGUGGGGAGGGAGGACAGGGGUUAUCUGGAAGAAGGUAUGAGGCAGUGUGAUCGGUGAGAGGAAUGGCUAAGGGAUGCCCAAGCAAGAGGAAGGGUGGUGAGAAAGGCUUGCUACGUCUGUGGUGAAGUGCACUGUUGUGGUGAGAUCCCAGGAAGGUAUUUCAAGAUAGUUUCCCUCCGGCUGCACGUCCCAAGCCUCUCUACUGUUCAUGGCUUCCCAUGCCAGAUGCAGUGUGUCAGUGAGUCGCAAUGACCCACCAACCAUCUGUGUGGGGCAGUGGAGCACUUUGAAAUGGGGGAGAUGCUGCAGUUCUGCUCCGAGUGCAGGGGUGAGUGAGAGGCCAGCUGGUGGGGCACUGGGAGAGGAGAGGACCGUGCUGUGCCAGCUUCUGGGCUAAGCCCGGCAGAGUGGCUUUGCUGUGGUCUGUGUGCUCUCUGCCAAGGGAAGCAAGCCAGUUCUUGCUGUACUCCCUCCCAAGAAGGCUACGGAUCUGAACGUUUCUGUUUCACAUUGCUGAGUGACACACAAAUCAGAGUGAUUGGUUUCAACAAGGGUUCAAGAAGACAAAAGUUGUGAAACAUCCAAAUAUUUUUAACUGGUGAAAUGGGGCUUUCUUGCUCUGUGCAUGAGUUACUGACUUGAGCUCUGGGUUCGUCGCUCUGCACCUCAUGUUGUAGGCAUGCUGUUCUAGCUCUGCACGGCUGCUCUGGGACCAGCAUCUCGCCUUCGGUCCGUACAGUGGAUCUCAACUUUGCUUCCCCCACGUGCACAGGCCCUUUUCAUUGUUGUCUCUGGAAGGAGAGGAGUGUUAUCAGUGUGGUGUAUGGUCCGAGGCUGAAGAGAAAAAUCUGCCCUUCCUUGAAGAAGAAUCCUUUUUGCUCCACAGCCCUGUUUGUUUUCUACAUAAAAAGUAAAUGACUCUGAAGCACUUCUGUUACCCUUGAUCUAACAUUAUGAAUCAAAAUUUCCUCUUUUACUGUAGAUCCUGUGUGUGCAGUAAAAAGUGAAGAGGGGAUUUUUGCCAUCUUAAAUACUGGGAGAAGUGAUAACUGUUGCAGAAUGUUGUACACUUGGCAUUGUAUCUUCAUAGUGAUGGUAGUGGCUCUGUAGAAAUUUUAAUUUCUACUUUCUAUGUGGUUGUAGACUGAUGUUAUUUUUUGGCAACAAAUGAUUCAAAGAAUGUUUAACCUUAUAAAGCAGGAUUUAACUUUUGAAAUAAUGAUUAGCGUUAACUGGAUGACUUAAUGUCACCUACAUGAGAUAAGCAUAAGGAUCUUUUUCAUGAUUGUAAAUUAAUGUAAAAUGUUUCAGACUGUUACUCUUAAUAAGAGAAAUAAACCAAUGAACUUUUAGUUGCAUGAAAAUCUUGGGUAAUGUUUUUAGUUGUCUUUGCUGUGCUAAAUAAUAGUUUUUUGACAAAAUUAAUGGUUGUGUAGCGAAUUAUCGCACAUCAGAUAGACUUUAUCCUGGGAACAUCUGCUUACCAUAGCAUUCUGUUUCAUGUAAUAAAUUAUUGGCCUGCAUCUAUACCCAUAAAGGUAUACCCACAAUUCUUCAUAUAUUUAGUGGUGCACAUAUUUCUGGCUAGUAUAAUACCAGAAUUAUCCUGGUAUCAAUUCUAAUAAUUAUACUAAAAAUGUCUCCUAUAUGACCAGCUGGAGUCAAUUGGCCUGUUGUAACCAGCUGUAUGAAGACAGAAUAAACUAUUUUAAGUACUUUAA